AUGGUUCUUGUAAAUGCCAUAUAUUUCAAAGGAGAGUGGGCUUCUAAAUUUGAAAAUAAAAAAACAGUUAAAGAAGUGUUCCAUUUCGAAAAUAAUGGUGGUUAAGUAUAAGUUGAUAUGAUGAAGGCUAAAAAUAAAAUUAAUUAUGGUGAAAAUAGUCAUUUUUAAUACAUUUAGUUACCUUAUAAAGGAAAUUAAUAUGCUAUGUAUAUAAUUUUAUCUGUUAAUAUGACAUUAUAACGAUUUGAAUAAAAUCAUCUUAAUUAAAAUAUUUUAAAUGAAGUCUAAACUAAUCUAGAUAAUUUUGAAGUUAAUAUUUCAUUACCUAAGUUCAAAGUUUCCCCAAGUGAAAGCAUUGAUCUUAGUUAAAUCUUAAAAGAUUUAGGUUUAGUUGAUUGUUUCUCUUAAGGAUCUGCUGACUUUUCUAAUAUGGAUCCUUCUAAUACAAUUUAUAUUUCACAAGUAUUCCAUAAAGCUAUGAUUGAAGUUAAUGAAGAAGGUGCUGAGGCUUCUGCUGCUACUAGUGCAGUUAAGAAUUUAGGUAAAAAUAAAUUGGGUUUUGUAGUAUUAUGA